CUUGCAUUGUGUCUGAAAGAUCAGAAGGCAGCAGGAGCGUCAUCGCACCAUCGCCUAGGUGAACUCAGUCAGAUGAAGUGCAUCCACUGUGACAGCGAGUAACGUUACUGUCGUCUACUGGGAGUCGAUACUCUUUUUACAUGGGAAAAUUUAAGAUAGCCACAGAUUACCGCUACUACUGAGGGGAAGAAGAAAAAAAACGUGUCAGAGUGAGUUGGUGAUUCAAGAAAGCCCCGAGGGGGAGAUGACCAAGGAGGACGUGCCCGAGUCUUCAGAGGGGGACUCGGUCCUGGGGCGACACCGCAGCUUCUCACCGGACGCAGAUCGGCCCGUCGUCCACCCGGUGGCGUCAGCCCCGAUGCCCUCCGACUGUGAGUUCUCCUUCUUUGACCCGAGCGACCCGCAGUGCCGGGAGGUUCUGCUGGACCCUCGGACCUCGGUGCCGGAGCUGUUCGCCGUCCUCAGACAGUGGGUCCCUCAGGUCCAGAAGAACAUCAGCCUGAUUGGCAACGAGAUUCUGAAGCGAGGCUGUGGUGUGAACGAUCGGGAUGGCCUGACAGACAUGAGCCUGCUCCAUUACACCUGCAAAGCAGGAGCACCCGGCAUUGGUGACGCAGAGACCGCGGCCAGCUUCGCGCGGCAGCUCCUGUGUCUUGGCGCCCUGCCAGGCCUUCGCAGCCGCUGGACCAACAUGAACGCGCUGCACUACGCGGCGUACUUCGACGUGCCCCCCCUCAUACGCGUGGUCCUGCAGGCCUCCCCCCCCGGCGAGGUGGACGCCACCUGCAGCGACUUCGACUUCGGCACCGCCCUGCACGUCGCCGCCUCCAACCUGUGUCUGUCAGCCGCCAAGUGCCUGCUGGAGAUGGGCGCCAACCCCGCCUUCAGGAAUGAGAGAGGCCAGUGUCCGGCUGACGUCGUGCCCGAGCCCCUGGACAUGCCCCUGGAGAUGGCGGACGCGGCGGCCCAGGCCAAGGAGAUGCGCGCCCUCCUGAAGGACGUCCUGCCCCAGCCGCGCGCCCCCGUCCCGUCCCGCCCCACCGGCGUCCUCUCCGACAAGGCCAGGGCUCAGCUCAGCGCCAUGGGCAUCCAGAUCGGAGACCGCGUGGUCAUCGCCGGCCAGAAGGUUGGCAUCCUGCGUUUCUGCGGCAGCACAGACUUUGCCGGCGGUCAGUGGGCUGGGGUGGAGCUGGAUGACCCCGAGGGGAAGAACAAUGGCUCAGUGGCGGGAGUCCAGUACUUCAGCUGCCGCCCUAAACACGGUAUCUUUGCGCCCCUGUCCAAAAUCACCAAGCCGUCGGAGCGUCGCAGGAACGCCCCCCUGCGGAGCUCUACCCCCCUGCGCUCCGCCCGGCUCGACCUGUCCCACGUCACCUCCAAGGUGAACACAGGGAAAAGCACUCCGUCUGUCCAAAAAACAGCCGAGAAACCGAAAGGGUCUGCUGCCCCCAUACAGGGCUCCAGCGAUCCCCUGGUGGGCAAGACAGGCAUUCUCUCGCGAAGCUGCUCCUCCUCCUCUUCCUCUCUUGACUCCAGGCACGGCCCUGCUUCUCGGCCCCGCCCGCUUCCACGGCAACGGCCGCCCGCCCGAAUGCGAAGAGAGCGAGCCCCGCCCACUUCAAAGGCCACGCCCCCAACCGUUCAGACCCCCGCUGGCGCCAGAACGAGGACGCCCUCGGCGAGCAGCUCGGUGGGCGAGGCCUCGGAGGUGCGGCUGGGGGAGCGGGUCCUGGUGGUGGGCCAGCGGACGGGCGUGGUGCGCUUCUACGGCAAGACCAGCUUCGCCCCGGGGUUCUGGCUGGGCGUGGAGCUGGACAAGCCCAGCGGGAAGAACAACGGCUCAGUGGGGGGCGUGCAGUACUUCAGCUGCCCCCCCAAACACGGGGUCUUCGCCCCUCCCUCACGCGUGCAGAGGAUUCACGGCUCUCUCGACUGCCUGUCAGAGCUCAGCUCCUCCCGACUCAACCGCUCCUUCACCGGAAUCCGCCGCAGUUUCAGCACCUCUUCCGCCAUCUCCACUCCAAGGGAGCCGAGCCGCAGGAGUCCGGUCAGCAGGACCCGCCCCACGCCGCUGCGGCGUAGGUGGAGCACGGUGAGCGGGGGCGGCGCCGGGGGGGGCGGAGUCUCGGGCGGGGCCAGCUCAGGCGCCGCCUCCUCGGGCUCGGACCGGGCGGUGAAGCUGCACCUGGGCAUGCAGGUGCUGCUGACCAGCGCCAACGAGAUGGGCGCCAUCCGCUACCUGGGCACGGCGGACUUCGCGCCCGGGCUGUGGCUGGGCCUGGAGCUGCGCUCCGCCCGGGGCAAGAACGACGGCGCGGUGGGGGAGCGCCGCUACUUCAGCUGCCGGCCCGGCCACGGCGUCCUGGUGCGCCCCAGCCGCGUCACCUACCGCGGCAUCAACGGGGGCCGGCUGGUGGACGAGCCCAGCUGAGGAGGGAGGGAGGGAGAGGGGGUGCUGGGAGGGGGAGGGGGGGGGUUUUGGGGACUUUAUUCCACCUGCGUCCCAGAGUGUCCCUACCUGCAGCCGCCUGGCAGCCGGGGAAUAGUCCACCAGUGAAAACGUUCAUCGGUUACGUCAGACGUUGUUUUUAAUCAUCUGAAAGCAGGGUCGUGCACAAAGAGCAAAAAGCAGGCUGUUUGGAAUGUCAGCUUCAAAGUGGGAGGAAGGGGAUUGGGGUUGGGGGGGUGUUGAGGUGUCAGCAGGCUAGCGGGGAAAAAGCCGCCGUUCCACACUGCCGUUCCGAUGAUAUUCUGCCCGUACUCUGCCCUACCCCCCUCACCCCCCCCACCCACCCCAGAAUGGAGCGGCACAGGAGCUCCUGUAGCUGCUAUGAACAGACUGGCUCCUUUCUUUAGCCCCUUCCUUUCCUUGCUGCCCCUGACUGACACCAACUGCCCUGGUCUGAAUAAGACAGCACAGCAUCAGUCUUACAUCAGGCCACGCCCCCAAGGACUUUCCCAUAAUCCCCCCCCUCAGUCCCGAAAACCCCACCCACAUUACGGCACUUUAAAAACUCCACCCACGAACGAGCAGCGAGCCGGUAAAAUACCGUUACUUCCCCUCAGCCUCUCGCUGCUAAUGUGAAGGAGGAAGGAGAGAAAGGAGGGGGUUUGCACUUUUGUAGAGAGCUUCAUCUGACGCUUCUCCUAGCUUUGCGCUAAUUUGUUCCCCAGCUCGCUUCUGACCUGCAAGCUUUCUUAGGUUUCCCUUUUAGAGGAAGGAGCCACAGGGUUUUGCUAGCCAUACGUUGUAUUAAUUCAGCUAAGUAAACGCAUAUCAUUAAGGAGAUAUGUGUGUCUAAUACAUACAGUUCAAGUGUUGAAUUGAAAUGCAUAGUUUUACGGAAAGCUCUGUAUAGUGCACAGAGGAUUAUUGUUUAAUUUGAAAUUGCUGUAGUUCUGAACCUUCACGCUAAGGCUAAUCCUUACCUUCGGUUUUGUGUGUGUUAAUAUGUUUUAUUUGGAUUGAAUUACGCCUGUGUAGUACGAGUUAAAAGAAUGUGAUUUUGUUAUAUGCUUUCGCUGUUUUUUUGGUUGAGGAGGACCUCCCCCCCCUUUGUCACUGCCGUACCCCCGUUAAUCAGGGGGUUCUCGUUGGCAUGAUACGUUGGCGUGCUGGCAGUGUUGGGUCUUCCAGCAUCCGAUUUUUAGGACAAUUUUUUGGAUAAUUCUGACAGGGUAUGACCCAGAGGAUUGUGGGAUUGUUGGUCCGUGCCCCCCCCCCACGUGUUUUGCACAGUAGCGCUGCAGCAGUUCGGCACGAACGCUGAAUUCCCCAACAGCCCCAAAGUGUUCCCGCGACUUGAAAAGGUUCCAGUCCUGAAAUGUAGCGUUUAAUGCGCUGAUGGAGAAAUGGAAGUGGAGCUCUGUUUAAAUCCCUCAUCACUGCUCCUCCUACCCAUCGUGUUUGGGUCUGUUUAAAAAAAAUAAAUAAAAAAGGGCGCGAUGGAAGAAAAUCAAUAGAGACUCCAGAUAUCAUCUGCUUGCUUUGGAAUCGUGUCUGGCUGCGUGGAGAUGGGGCGGGGGCUCCAUUGUACUUGAAAGCAGGUAACGGGGGAUUCUGAUGGGGGGAUGUGAGGUUACGGGGAGUGCUGUCCUCAUCUGGCCACCCGUUCGUGCAGAAAAACCCCAAAACUGGCUCGAUUCUGUACUGGAGAUUUUGGAAACAGAUCCAGUGUCUCGUUUUUCGGUGUGUUGUGUGUUUAAGAGUGUAAUUGUGCGUGCUGCGAAACUUUUAUUAUUUUCCCCUGCAGUGAAGAUCGGUGUACAUAUUCGGUUAUUUGCUGCCAUUGAUCAUGCUGUAUUCUAGCGGUGGGAUACAUCAGUGAAUUGCUUUGAAGUAGCCAGAGAGAUAUUUGUAAAAUAACAAAGAAUAAUAAAAGAUUUAUAUUCUAAUUUCACUAAA